GAAAAGGUUUUAAUAAAAUAUUGUUCAUUGGUACAAUUACCUCGUGUGUAUUUAUAAAGGGAUUUGUGUGAAAAGGAAACGAAAUGAACAGAAAUCUCCUUAGUCACUGCACAUUUUUAGAGCGCGUUUGGAGAAAGGAGGAGGAGAUGUGGUUAGGGAGUAGGCUAAUCCAACCACCGGGUAAAAAGGGCAGUUUUAGAUGGCUCAUAUUCCGCUGUUACUGUAUUGCACCGUGACACCAGCUUGGAGCAGCGGCGGAGCACCAAACCGGGCGCACCCACAGCAUCUGUACCAACACAUCACUGCUGCAGGGCACUUCUCCUUUCUGCCAGACUGGAUGUGGAACCAAGCGCACGGCCAGUGGGAAAAUACUUGCAGCCGCACACAUUUACAGGGAAUCGAUUAUGUGGUGACCGUGAGAUUCCACAAGUAAUAUGCGAAACUCUUGUGGAUUGCCCUAUUUCUUCUCUUCCUUUCUGCCCAGUUGUGUUUCCUUAUUCAUUGUGCGCCCUAUGAAGAGCAUUAACUAUCCCUCCCUCCAAUCCUAUUGAAAAGGCUCCGAAAAAAACAGAGGGAGAUGAGAGCAGCAAAUCCCUUUUUUAUUCCCUUCGUAGCGCUCAAUAAGAGAAGAAUGUGUUGCCUAUCAGUCACCGAGGGGAUCAAGUCUUCGGGACUGUCCCACGCGUUCAAUGCGCCGUGCAGAGCAUCACUGAGAGAGACAGAGUGAAGAGGACUGCAGCAGCACUAGCAUCCUGCCUGGACACUUCACAUCAUUUAGCAACCUGUCUCCACUCAACAUCCAUUUAAGUCAAUUAGGGCUGUCUUCUCUCACCUUUCAAGUCCCCUCACCGGACCGUGGCGUGACACGAUGAGGAGUCUGGCGCUGCUGAUAGGGGUGAAAGCUGCCUGCAUCCUGCUGGUGUCCUCGCUCUCAGGCACAGGGGCCGUCAACAACAGCGGCCGGUGGUGGGGUAUUGUCAAUGUGGCCUCCUCAUCCAACCUCCUAACCAAUUCCAAGAACGUGCAGUUGGUCCUGGACCCGAGCCUUGCCCUACUGAGUCGACGCCAGCGCCGGCUGAUUCGGCAGAAUCCUGGCAUCCUGCAUGCCAUCGCCGCUGGGCUGCACACUGCCAUAAAGGAGUGCAAGUGGCAGUUCCGCAACCGCCGCUGGAACUGCCCGACCACCCACAGCCCAGCAGUCUUUGGGAAAAUAGUCAAUCGUGGUUGCCGAGAGACAGCAUUUAUUUUUGCCAUUACCAGCGCAGGGGUGACCCACGCUGUGGCUCGCUCCUGCUCAGAAGGGGCCAUUGAGUCUUGCACAUGUGAUUACCGUCGCAGAGGUCCUGGAGGGCCAGACUGGCACUGGGGGGGCUGCAGUGACAAUGUAGACUUUGGCCGGAUGUUCAGCCGUGAGUUUGUGGACUCCAGCGAGAGGGGCAGAGAUCUUCGCUACCUCACCAACCUACACAAUAAUGAGGCAGGCAGAAUGACUGUGUCAUCUGAGAUGCGUCAGGAGUGUAAGUGUCAUGGCAUGUCAGGGUCCUGCACCGUGCGCACUUGUUGGAUGCGCCUGCCCAGCUUUCGCACAGUAGGAGACUUCCUCAAGGACCGGUUUGAUGGUGCAUCCAGAGUUGUUUAUGCCAACAAGGGAAGCAACCGUGCUUCUCACAGAGCCGACCCCCGCCAUCUGGAGCCUGAAAACUCUGCUCACAAACCACCCUCUGCCAUGGACCUGGUCUAUUUUGAGAAAUCACCAAACUUCUGCUCCUACAAUGGCAAAACUGGCACUUUGGGAACUUCUGGGAGAACAUGCAACAGCUCUUCUCCAGGCCUAGAUGGAUGUGAGCUGCUCUGCUGUGGACGUGGUUAAAGACCCGGACCGAAAGUGUGACUGAACGUUGCCACUGCACUUUCCACUGGUGCUGUCAUGUCAGCUGCUUGAAUUGCACAAGUACACAAACGUUACACCAGUGUCUAUGAUCACAGGAGGACAUCGACAUAUGAAAGGCAAAGAAGAACUUCUUAGCAUGACAGGCAGUAGGCUGAGAAAACCACUGGCACGGAAGGGAUUUGAAAUGUUAGGUAGGAAAACUUCAAGGCGGGUAUACUGAUACAGGGAUCAAAAUAUCAAUCAAUGUUUUUGAAUAGAAUGAAAAGCACAAAUAUAUGAACAGGGUAAAGAGGGAGUACAUGUGCUUGCUCCUCGCCUUUGAUGCCUAAAAAUAUCAAGAGGGUUUUUGAACACCACAAACAUCUGUGCAGAAUGGAAAUAAUUCAUAUCCCUCAAGUGUUUACACUGUGGAAAAAUAGAUUUAGCAGUAAAAAGGGAGAAAAAUGUUUUGGUGGCGAAUCGAUUGCUGUAACCAGGUAGAGCCUCCUUCUCUCCCAGACUGGACACAAUGUUUCACAGAUGUUUCUGUGGCCAGAGAGCCUCUCUCAUAAACUGGUGAAGACCUCUAACAAGAGGAGAGUAAUUUGAAAACAAAUGAUCCCUUUUUUGUUUUCUUAUGCGGAAGUUUAGCUUCUCUUACAUGAAACUGUGUGAAGUUAAUCUCUAGGGAUGGGUCGUCUGCUCCCAACUUGUGUACUUAGGACCUUGAUGCAGCCCAACCACUUAUAAUGUCCUCACCACAUUUGCCCUUUUUAUUUAGUUUCUCUAUAGUUGAAUACACUUCAAUCCUGAUGUGCCACUCUUGACUUACCACAGGAUGGUCCUGAUGACUGGGGCCCAGUGCUCAAUCAAGGAAAACGAAACUGAGUGAACAAUUGUUACUAAGGCAAUGUCAUUUGAAUGUAUUAUCAAUACACUGAAUAUCACAGCAUGACUAGAUGUAGUUUAGUAAAUCAGAGGGUUCAAUAUUAUAAAAAUAAACUAAAUGUGACCUGCAGAAUCUCACCAUUCUCUCAAAAUGAAAACAAAUGCCAUUCCGAGUAUAUUAAAUGAACAAAAAGACACACAUUCCUGUUAAUAGAUGCGUGGUAUAAAACUGGUGCAGGUUUAAAAUGAGGUGUAUGUGUAAUACUCUAGGAUAAGCUGUUAACAGCAGAUGACAUUUUACUUUGAAGGAAACAACCUUUGCAGGAGAGAUGAUUCUGUAUAUCAGCUUUUAGAACCGAAAUGCUGUAAAUAUUAAAAUAUAUGAAUAUAUUUAUAAUGAUGUCAUUUGUAAGUUUGCUGAAUGAUUUAUGCACCUGUCAAAGGCUGGAGAAUUUGCCAUCAAAAGUGUCAAGAGAUGUUUCGAUCUUUUUUUAUUUAGGUGUAAUGCAGCUGACACAAAUCCGACUCUUACUAGAAACCAAACAUUAUCACGUCUUUCUGUCCUUUUUCUGUUCCUGUAAAAACACUUGUGUUCAUGCACUGAAUAUUUACUUUUUUAUUAGUGUAAAUACUAAAUAUUUAUUUCUGAGCAUUUUUAUACUGUUAUAGAGAUAUGUAAAAGAAGAAAUGUUUUGUUUAGAUGUUAAUCAAAGGAUUUAGGCUCCAGUUGGUUUUGUAUUGUAUGAUAGAACAAUAAAGUCUAUAUUUUCAAUUAA